UUGAAAAUCCCGCCAUUUCAAAAUAAAACCUUCAAAGAGUUACAAUCACAUACUAGUAGUGUGUGAAAAUGGUAGCAACUCGCAGAAGGAGAAGCGAUUCAUCUUCUUCUGACAGUGAAAAUGGCUCCUCCAUCACCAAAACUGUCGUUCAAUUGCCGUCUUCAUCGCAUUACGAACAGAUUAGGGAACAAAGGAUGAAAGAGAACGCUGAGAGAAUGCAAAAACUUGGAUUAUUGAACCUUUCUCUUAAGCUCAAGAAACCACAACGCACUAUCGUCAAGAAAAUUGCGUCACCGACUAAUGAACCAGAAAGACGUUCUUCUAGAAUAAUGACUCUACCACCGGUUGACUAUCGUUUCCAGCUUCCUAAAGCUGAGCAUCAAGGAAAUUCAUCAAGUAAGAAAAAGAAGGAGGUGGUGAUUUAUAUAGCACAAGGUACAAAGCCUGAGGUUUAUACUCAAGAGCACGAGAAGCUUCUUGGAGAUUGUGAGACUGAUUGGGAAUUGUUUGUGGAUGGAUAUGAUGAGGAUGGAGACCGUAUAUAUGAUCCAACCAAGGGUGAGAAAUGUCAUCAAUGCAGGCGCACAACUAUUAGUCAGAUGACCAGUUGCAAUAAAUGUGAAUUACCCCAAGGGAUGCUUUGUGGAGAUUGCUUGUACACAAGAUAUGGAGAAAAUGUGACAGAAGCUGAUUUCAAUCUCAAAUGGACUUGUCCUUCUUGUCGAGGAAUUUGCAACUGCAAUAUUUGCCGUAGGAAAAAUGGUUGGAUGCCUACUGGCAAUAUAUACAAUAAGGUGACAAAAUUGGGUUUCAAAUCUGUUGCUCAUUAUCUGAUUAAGACUCGUCGCCUUGUGAAAAACAUGGAAGGCUCAGAUGCUGAAAAUGAUGUUUCCCAGGAAAUGCCAGAGGCCUCUCCAGAUUCAACAUUGACUGGACCAAUUCGGACCAGGAGGUCUUCUAGAAGUUAAAAAGGUGGUCAAAUGAAUGCAAAGUACAUUAAAGAACAGAAACAUGUCUUAAUGGCUUGUACUUUUACAUGAAGAUGGUGAUCCUGUGUUUUGAUAUUUAGACAAGUUGUUAGUUUUCUUAUUUUUGUUACAUAUGUGCAUACAAGCUUAGGCCAUUUGACUAAAACAGUUUGCAGCCAUAUGCCCCUAGUUUCUAUAACAUUCUUGUGUGAUAGCUCUUAACUUUUAAGCAGUUUUACUGAGCA